UACAGCCCCGUAACUGAAAAUCACGUGAUUUUAGUAAAUGAAACCAGUAACCGUGUGUGUCCGUUGCCGCUCACCUGUGGAGAUAAACGUGGCAAAGAUGGGCAACAGCGAGACAAAGAAAAGAACGACCGCAGACUACACAGGACCCCAGAGCAACCAAGCGAGAGUUAAAAGGAGCUUAACUUUAAAUCCUCAGAAGAGAAAACAGUCCGUCCGACUGAAAAACCGCCCUGCUAGUAUAGAUGGAAGCACCGGGCUUUGGGAUGGUUUUGAUCCCUCAAGGCGCAGAUACUUGGAAACUGACCUGGACCUUUACCACGAACUGCAGAACCAUCUGGAAAAUGCACGGCGGAGGAUGAGAGAUAAGGGCAAAAAAGACGUUUCUGGAGGUCUGGACGCCAGUUUGGUGACUGGAGAGGAGAAAUGUUACGACCCAAACGACACCACCCUUACAUUUGUUGAAGGAGACGAUGAUAUGGACUUUGAGGGCAGAGAUUAUAAAUCUCUGAGAGCCCGGAUGUCCUGCGGUCAUUCUGUCACCCCCAUGUCUCUCACCAGCUGGUGUCACCAUUUGUUGGACCAGGGUGAGAGCCGAUUUGUGUGCGGCCAGCCUGACUGCAAUGCUGAGUGGUCACAUGAAGAGGUCUGUAAAAUGGCUCUUCUGACUCCUGCAGAAAUCAAAUACUUUGAAAAAAAGAUGCUCAGCAGCACUGUCAUGAAUUACCUGGAGGUCAGUGAUGUAUCAGCAAGCCGCGGGAAAUCAUGAACACAACAUCGGCGUCAGGGAUGUGAGGAAUGUGGGAUCCUGGCUGUGCCUCAGCCUAAGCCCAUUCAAAAAGGGGUUUACUGGUGGUGCAUGAUGGCACUAAGAGUAAAAACAUUUCCUGUCCUCGCUGCAGGGUGGAGCUCUGUUUUGCGUGCCUGAGGCUCACUGCAGACCGUGCUUCACCUUCUAAUGCUUGUUCACUGGUGUAGCUCGAGGACAACCCUUUAAAGCAGGCUGUGUGGGCUUCAACAUUUAAUGGUUUGAUUUUGUGAUUUCAAGAAAUGAAACACGUUUUGUACUUUUCUAUUAUUUAAAAAUAUCUUUUGGAUGCUGUUUUUCUCAUUUAAAUGGGAUAAGAUAGAUCGACUCUUAUUAGCCGCUGACAGUAUUUGAAAAAGGCUUGAAAACUGGUUAGAGACUGGAACCAGCUGCGUUUCCAGUCCACUGUGACUUUUUUAUAUUUUCUCUCUGAUGACCUCACUCUGACGCUGCUCUCCUCUCUGAUCUAGCCACAAAUAAAGAGAUGGUAUUUAUUAAUUAUAACAACAACACAACAUUUUUUUUGCUAUUUUUUUAAAGCAGUGAGAGAAGAAGUUAGAAUAAACAUUUGUUGUAAUUUAGCAAAAACUAAGUUUUACUAAUAAAGAAUAUUGGUUGUUAAACUAGA